UGCUGUAAAUGAAGUGGGGAAGCCGAACAGAUAGAUGGGAAAUUGAGAGAGGAGAAAAACAGAAGAACGGUGUGAUCGCUGUGCUGGAACUGUGAGGUAUCACUGACUACUCACUCUCCGUCGUCGUCGAAAUGGGAACUUUGGGCAGAGCUUUCUACAGCGUCGGAUUCUGGAUCCGCGAAACCGGCCAAGCCCUCGAUCGCCUCGGCUCCCGUCUCCAAGGAAACUACUUCUUCCAAGAACAACUGUCCAGGCAUCGACCUCUCAUGAAUGUGUUCGACAAAGCUCCCCAUGUUCAUAGGGAUGCAUUUGUGGCUCCCAGUGCCUCCCUCGUUGGCGAUGUUCAGAUUGGCCAAGCUUCCUCCAUUUGGUACGGUUGUGUUCUCAGAGGUGAUGUUAACAGCAUUAUUAUUGGAUCUUCAACUAAUAUACAAGACAAUUCUCUUGUUCAUGUUGCUAAGUCUAAUUUGAGUGGAAAGGUAUUACCUACUAUCAUCGGAGAUAAUGUCACUGUAGGACAUAGUGCUGUGUUACAAGGAUGUACUGUUGAAGAUGAAGCAUUUAUUGGCAUGGGUGCCACAUUGCUUGACGGAGUAUAUGUUGAGAAACAUGCCAUGGUUGCUGCUGGAGCUCUGGUCAGGCAGAAUACAAGAAUCCCCUAUGGAGAGGUUUGGGGAGGUAAUCCGGCAAGGUUCUUAAGGAAGCUCACAGAAGAUGAAAUGACCUUCUUCUCACAAUCUGCCAUAAAUUAUUCCAACUUGGCUCAGGCUCAUGCUGCUGAAAAUGCAAAAGAACUCGAGGAGGCAGAAUUUGUAAAAGUUCUACACAAGAAGUCUGUUCGUCCUGGUGAUGAGUAUGCUUCAGCGCUAGGUGUUGUUCGGGAAACAUCUCCAGAGCUUAACCUUCCUGAUAAUGUCGUGCUAGACAAAGUUCCAAAGGCUACUUAAUUUUUUAAAAAAUCUUUGGUUUAAGAUUUUCUGAAGGAUGGCUGCUUUUGUUUCCAAUAAGCUUGAGGAGGGGGUUCAUACUGUUCUCUUAAAUAUGAAAAGAACAUGGUGCCUGUGUUGGCAUAUGGGUUUGUUCAUCUCUGUGCUCAAUGUGAACCUUUCAUUUUGUUUGUAGGCAAUAACUACAGUGGAACAAUUAGUAGUACUACAGUUGUUCAGUCAUCCUGGGACAUAUCCAUAGUUAUAUGUAGUGGAGCAUGUAUUUUAAAAUACAGAACAUCACUUCUGAUGUGCCGGUUGAGCCUGAUGCUAUUGCUGAUAUUCCCCGCCACCCCCACCCCUGUCAUUUGCCAGUGUGUAUCACUGCGGUUUUGAGUCUGUUAAUUUUACAUUUCCUUACAUUUUUCGCUUUAAAAUAAAUAAAAGUGCAUGUUUCUUGAA